AUGUUUCAGAUAAAGAAGAUAUGUUGCAUUGGAGCUGGAUAUGUCGGUGGUCCAACCUGCAGUGUCAUCGCUCACAUGUGUCCAGAGAUCACGGUGACUGUUGUGGAUGUCAACGAGUCUCGCAUCAAAGCCUGGAACUCUGACACCCUGCCUAUCUAUGAGCCAGGACUGAAAGAGGUGGUUGAAUCAUGCAGAGGAAAGAAUUUAUUCUUUUCCACAGACAUCGACUCAGCCAUCAGGGAUGCCGACCUCGUCUUCAUCUCCGUGAACACCCCGACCAAGACCUACGGGAUGGGGAAGGGCCGCGCUGCUGACCUGAAGUUCAUCGAGGCGUGCGCCCGGCGGAUCGUGGAGGUGUCCGACGGCUACAAGAUCGUCACGGAGAAGAGCACGGUGCCGGUGCGGGCCGCGGAGAGCAUCCGGCGGAUAUUCGACGCCAACACCAAACCCAGCCUCAACCUGCAGGUUCUGUCCAACCCGGAAUUCCUUGCAGAGGGAACAGCGGUGCGGGAUCUGAAGGAGCCGGACCGCGUCCUGAUUGGUGGGGACGAGACCGCCGAAGGUCAAAGGGCAAUCAGAGCGCUGUGUGCUGUUUAUGAACACUGGGUUCCCAAAGCACGAAUCAUCACCACCAACACAUGGUCGUCUGAACUCUCCAAACUGGCAGCCAAUGCCUUCCUGGCUCAGCGAAUCAGCAGCAUCAACAGCAUCAGUGCUCUCUGCGAGGCCACUGGAGCUGAUGUGGAGGAAGUAGCCAAAGCCAUCGGUAUGGACCAGAGAAUAGGCAGCAAGUUCCUCAAAGCCAGUGUUGGUUUUGGCGGGAGCUGUUUCCAGAAAGACGUGCUUAAUCUGGUGUAUCUGUGCGAGGCCCUCAACCUGCCCGAGGUGGCUUCUUACUGGCAGCAGGUGAUCGACAUGAACGAAUACCAAAAACGGCGCUUCGCCUGUAGGAUCAUAGAUUGUCUCUUCAACACUGUCACUGGCAAAAAGAUUGCUCUGCUGGGCUUCUCUUUCAAAAAAGACACUGGUGACACAAGGGAGUCGUCGAGUAUCUACAUCUCUAAAUAUCUGAUGGAUGAAGGAGCCAAGCUCUUCAUUUAUGACCCCAAAGUUCUUAAAGAGCAAAUAAUUCACGACCUGUCCCAGCCCAGCAUCUCAGAGGACAACCCUGGCCGAGUGUCUGAGUUGGUGACCGUAACGUCUGACCCUUACGAGGCGUGUCAGAGCGCUCAUGCACUGGUCAUCUGCACCGAGUGGGACAUGUUUAAGGAGCUGGACUACGAGAAGAUUUACAAGAAGAUGCUGAAGCCGGCCUUCAUCUUUGACGGCCGCAGAGUGCUGGACCACCUCCACGCUCAGCUCCAGUGCAUCGGCUUCCAGAUCGAGACCAUUGGAAAGAAAGUGGCGGUAACAAGAAUCCCCUACACCCCGGCAGCCGCUUGCCCUCGCACCGCUGCCGUCGAACCCCCCACCAAGAAGGCCAAAGUCUGAAGCUGAUCCCUCCCCAUCGAGACAUUCCUCUCAGUCCAUUUCAUUUCAGCAGCAGUAGGGGUCUGAUUAAAGCGUACUCCCCUCAUUAGCCGAGCAGCAGGAGCAGCUGCUUCUCCGCAGAGGGACGGAGGUGGCUGAGCAUUAAAUCCAGUUUUUAUUUGAGAAUCUUUAAACGCGUUCAGCACGAAACCAUUCCAGCCGCACGAAUAUGGUUUUUACAACAUGCUGAACAUCAGACCCUCCAUCUGCUCCGCUCAUUUUGUAGAGAUUUUAAACACGAGGCUACUUUUUUACUGAAAUCAAUUAUUAAUUGCUAAGUUUUAUACGAUUUCUUUUUACAAAAAUAUUUUUAUGGAUCACCACACUGUUAAUCCUCUGCAUCAAAUACUGUUUACUCAAAAGGGCCAAUGCAAUAAACUGAUGUCUGUUUUUAA